UUUUUAUUUCAGCUCAUGAAACAAACACAACAUACAUGUGACAAUGACGAUGAGGAAGUGGAAAUUGCUAUUGACAAUGCAGCUUUUAUGGAUGACUUUUUCUCUCAGAUUGACGACAUCAGGAUCAGCAUUGAUAAGAUUGAUGAGAAUGUGUCUGAAGUCAAGAAGCUCUACUCGGUCAUCCUGUCUGCCCCCACGUCAGACCAGAAAACACAGGAUGACUUGGAGGCUGUCACCAACAACAUCAAGAAGAUGGCUAACAACGCCCGGAACAAACUCAAAACCAUCGAGAGGGAUCUGGCGUCUGAGGAAGAGGAGAGGAUUUCAGCCGACAUGCGGAUACGCAAAUCACAGCAUGCAGUGCUGUCCAGGAAGUUUGUGGAAGUGAUGACCAAGUAUAAUGAGGCCCAGGUGGACUUCAGGGAGAGGAGUAAAGGACGCAUCCGGAGACAGCUAGAGAUCACUGGAAAAGCCACGACAGAUGAGGAGCUGGAAGAGAUGUUAGAGGGGGGAAACUCUGCUGUCUUCACUUCAGGGAUCAUGGACUCUGGGAUCUCGAAGCAAGCUCUCAGUGAGAUCGAGGCGCGACACAAAGACAUUGUGCGUCUGGAGAGCAGCAUCAAAGAGCUGCAUGACAUGUUCGUAGACAUCGCCAUGCUGGUGGAGAGCCAGGGUGACAUAGUGAACAAUAUAGAGGUGCAAGUGUCUAAAGCUGUGGACCACAUAGUAGUGGCUAAGACUGAGACCAAGAAAGCCAUCCAGUACCAGAGCAAAGCACGCAAGAAGACAAUCAUUAUAGCAGUGGUCUGUACUGUGCUUGCUGUCCUCAUCCUCGCCAUCAUCUUAUCACAGACAGUAGGGUAAUAGAGGGACCACGGCCCCCACCCACCCAACCAUCUUCAUAAUCACUCCAUUUUGCCCACCUCCAGCUGUAACGGCAAAGAGGGGGAUGUAGACUCAACCGAUCACUUCCAUUGCCCUGGGAUCCUCCCCCUCUCUUACUGUAUGUCUGACCAAUAGAAAAAGGCCCAGCUGAUGGGACUGGCUGGUGUCUUCCCUGAGGUGGCUGAGAGGAUGAGCAUCAGCUGGGAGAAAAACAAGAGGACCAAAACUGAGACUGUUUAUGAGCCUCUGAUAAUGCCAAUAAAAAGGGAAUCUUAAGUAAUGUAUAUCCUUACCCUCACACAACUAAAUGGACACCAUGCAACACUUCAAUGACAUUCUCUGAACUGCUUUCUAUGUAUCCAGUAAUGUGAUUGAUCUUGAUCCACACUGAAGGGAAUCCAUGACACGUCUCUCUCAUUACAAAAAACCAUUGACUUAAUGUAUCCCUGCCACCACCUGUGCCUUAUUGUCUUGCCAUGAUGACCCUCCAAGCUGAAAGGUAGCCAGCCAGCCACAGCCUCCUCCAGCCCACAGAGGAACGUUGACCUCACCAUAUCACAUGAUAUGUUCUGAGGAUGGAAACCAGUGGAUUUCACUUCAAUCUAUGUUGAGCAAUGUGCAUGUGUUUGAUGCCGCUUGAAUAGUGUUUUUAAAACUCCUAAAGCACACCUAACCUCUAAGCAUUUGGGUGAGAUAUGAGUCUAACAUCUGAUUUGCGCCUAAGCCUCUUUUUUUUUGCUGUCUGUCCAAUUUUAAUUGGAAAUUAAAUUUUAAUUUAAUUUAAUUAAAUUAAAUUUUAAAUUAAUUUCCAUACCUCAGACACGGUGGCCAAUGGCAAGGCUUUAAAUGAGACAAGAUCUCAGUUACGUACUCGUGUCCCCUCUCCUUCUCAAAACCAAUUGGAGGAGAAGGUCCGUGGGAAGGGACUUCUGGCUUUCUCCUCCAAUGGGUUUUGAGGAGGGAGGGAGGACACGUGGAGUAUGUAAUUGAGGUCAUCCCUGAGGGUCUGGAUAUUUCAAGACCGUUUUAAAUGUAAUAGAACUUCACUGUAGUAUUAUGGUGGAUGCCAGAGAUUUUUAAUGAUGGAAUAAAAUGUUUAAAAAAUA